CUGCUGAGCACCCUGCACUGAUGCUCCCAUUCUGCUCUCCAUGGGCAGCGUUGCUCUGUGUAGUCACUGCAGCUUUUCAACAAAAAAAUCCUGUGCUUUUUGUGAGUUUAACAAUCCCUGUAAAUCCCUGUAAAUCUUGAGUGCUUUUAGAAGAUAUGACCUAUAAAUGGGAAAUGAACACGAUCUCUGACUGCCAGUGCAUGCUAGAGCAAUAAUAAAGUGAAUCAUUUAGCUGCACCCUAUGGAAGCAUUGGGAAGUGUGCCUCAGGAGCAUUGUACUCAAAAAGAAUCCUGUUGUGUAUCAGUAAAAUCCUGACUCAUGGAAUGAAGCAUCUUUUCAAAGAACCAGAUGACUGAAUUAAACUUUUGGUUGAACACAGCACGGUAAAGUAUGAACCAAAAAUGAAAUCCCUGUAUGGUUGUGAUGCAACUGAGUCUUCAAUUUGGAUAAAUUAAUUUGUUGGUGAAAGUGAAAAUUAAUGUUACCCCUAGCAAAGAUCAGAUAUCUAAAAUCACACCAACUGCUAAGAUCUGAAGAAAAACUCUGUCAGAUGACACAGGCAGGCUUGAGCUGCAGUCCAGAGGGAGAUUCUAGCAGGGAAAGGAUCUACCAGGAGCAGGGCUGGGCAGGGGUUUCCAGUGGGGUCCCAGAGCUCCAGACAGAAUAAUUCACCAUCCCUUAGGGUCAUCCUCUUAGGGCUGGCUGCAAAGCUUUCCUGACCAAGUACCUCUCUUUAUGCACUGUCCUGAUGUUGUUCUUCAUUAUUUGAGUGUUUAGACAGACAGUUUUGUUCAGGAAUCACUGCAAUAAGGAAGAUUUCUGCCCUAGACACUCAGUCACAGCCCAGUGAACAUGAGAGCCUGCCCUGGCACAGACAAGGAGUUUUUUAAUCACCCUUUCCUAACUUCUCUGUCCCUCAGGCAUUGUUGCAAAACUCAGCAGGAGCUCGCAGGGGCCCUGUGCAAGGUCUGUCCAAGGAUGACACACAAAUCAGCCCCACAUGGACAUUCUUCUGCACAUGCUAAAUAUACUUUUGCUUUUCUUUAGCAACUGCCCCUUGGGUCUCAGUCAGACACAAUUUUCUAUUUCCCCACCACGGUCUCCACAGGAAGUAAAUGUUAUUCCUGUUAUCUGUAAAGUGGGAAAUCUGAUCCUUAAAUUAUCAGGUUCACAAGGGAAAGCAGCAUGAGAACAUUCAGCUUUUAGCUACUGGCCCUCCAGGCCGUGUCAGCUACUUCACUUUCGUAUGAAAUCUAUGAAAAUGGGAUGAAAAUGUAUGAAAUGUAUGAAAAUGGGAUUCUUAACAUCAGGGCUCAGUGGCUGCAGCAGCCACUGGGAGAUGCUGAGGAGAAGGGGCAGUGGGGAUCCCAGCCUCUGUGUGCAGCACUGAGGUGCUGUGCAAGGGAAGUCAUUGCCAGGAUUUAGGAUCUGCACUCCAAAAAUCUGAAGCUAAAUUCCAAAACGAAACAAAACCCUGGAGUAAUUUGGGCUUUUAAUUUCAAAACAGAAUUAUCUUGUCUCUUCUAUUUGGUAUCUUGCUAAUUAAAGUACUUGAGAGCUUGGAAUUAGAUGCUAUUUCUUCUUGGCAUGAAAGAAUUUCAAGCAAUGAGACUCUUUCAACUGCCCUUAUUGGUCAGACUGUCCCUUCCAGUGUUAUUCCUGUUGAAAGUCUCUCACUUUGCAUAGAUACAUGCAAAGAUACCCAAAAUACAUUAUCAUAAUAAAGAAAAGUAAUAUUAAUAUAAGGUUCUAAUUUAACAGCUAUGUUCCUUGUUGUAGGCAACCUGAGCUCCAAAUGGUUUUGUUAAUUAAUUCUUUCCAUUAAGGCAUCAUAAAAAACCAAGAUAAUCAGCGGUGUGAAGAAAUUAGGUAUCCAGCAAUGUUUGGCAACACCUAGUUUAUCAGAUUAUUUGCAGAACAGAUGUUAAAACCUGGAAUUAAGUGGAAAUUUAGGACAAGGAUAAUUAAAGUAGGUACUCAGGGGCUUCUCUAAUCGGACUAGGGACAGCUCAGGUGUGUUGGGCCUGGGCUUUAAUCACCCAGCACAAUAAUCCCAUUAGGCCUCAGUUACAAGCCUGGAACUGAAAGCAGCCAGGGCGUAACUAGGGGGCCUGGUGGAGUUCAUCAUUUCUCCAGCAAAUCCCUCAGCAGGAGCUCAGUGAGAUCGAGGAUGUCACUGAAGCCCCCCAAGGCUUAUAACUCCCUGCAGAAGGGGGCACUCAUCUGGGACCCAAAGCCACUGCAGGUGAAGAAAAUUUUUGAAGCUUUGAAGAAAGGACUUAAUGAAUACCUGGAAGCACAUCAGGCUGAGCUGGAUUAUCUCUCUGGUCGGCACAAAGACACAAAAAGGAACUCCAGAUUGGCUUUCUACUAUGACCUGGAUAAGCAAAUCCGCUCUGUGGAGAGAUACAUCAGGAAAUUGGAGUUUCACAUUAGCAAGGUAGAAGAGCUCUAUGAAGCUUACUGCAUCCAGUGCAGGCUGAGGGAUGGGGCCACCAACAUGAAACAUGCCUUCUCCCUGUCCCCUUCCACCAAAGCCUCCAGGGAGAGCCUGGUGGAGCUCUACAAGAACGUCCAGGAGUGCACAGAGGACAUGUGCUUUAUAGAGGGGGCUCUGGAGGUGCACCUGGGAGAGUUCCAUGUGAAGAUGAAAGGGCUGGUGGGCUUUGCUCGUCUCUGCCCAGGAGACCAGUACGAGGUGUUCGUGAGACUGGGGCGCCAAAAAUGGAGGCUGAAAGGCAAAAUUGAGACUGAUGACAGCCAAACAUGGGAUGAGGAAGAAAAGGUUUUUAUACCCAAUCUGCACGAGAAGUUUGAAAUCAAGGUGACAGAGCUGCGAGGCCUGGCCACCAUCCUGGUGGGGGUGGUGACGUGUGACAGCAUCAACUUCUUCAGCACCAAGCCCCAGGCCAUUGUCGUGGAUAUAACCGAGCUGGGCACCAUCAAGCUGCGGCUGGAGGUGCUCUGGAACCCCUUUGACACAGAGAACCUGUUUCUGUCACCUGGAAGCACUGCCAAGUUUUCUGUGGGUAGCAGGAAGAGCUCACUGUACAACUGGACGCCCCCAAACACCCCCAGCUUCAGAGAGAGAUAUUACCUGUCUGUUUUGCAGCAGAGGCAGAGCCCAGGGGAUGGAGGGGAGGAAUCGCAGCCUCCCAGCAUCCUGAGCUACUUGGCUGCCUGUGAUUUCCAUGUCCCGGGGAGGAACAAGCCCCACAACCCUGCGGAGACGAGCGAGGGGGACUCGCUCAGCUCUGAGGACCAGAAAGGGGCAGAAUCCAGAAGUACAACCCCAGCCCUGGACCACAGGAUGUUGCCGCUGGUGAUUAUUCGGGAGAAUGGAGGGGAAGAGCUGCAGCAUCCUCUGGCAGACCACAGCACCCUGGACAUCCUGAAGAAGACGCCGUGUGCGGGUGGCUUCCCCAGCCCCUCCACCUUUCCCACCCGCCACAAAGGCAGGACAGACUCUUUCGGCCAGGCCCGGAAUCGCCGCCUGGCAGAGCAGGAAAACAUCAGCCAGAAAAGCUGGAAUACUGCAAAUGACCUCAAAGCAGAUGGGCGAGCAAAGUCGAUGGACAGGACUCUGCAGGAAGUGUUAAAUUUGUUGAAAUCGUGUGAUGAGGGGCAAGCCCAGCUGGAGAAAUUGGAAUGCCAGGUUUCGUCCCUGAGGGAUAAAUUGAAGCUCAAGACACUUCACAAACACUCGUCUAUGGAGAGUUUAAUGGUGGAGACAGUGCUGGAGAGUUUUGAUUUCCUGAACGCUGACUGCAGUGCUGAUGAGCUGUCCCUGUUUGGGAGUGUAAGGACAGGCAGUGUCAGCACAUACAAUGGCAAUGUGCUCCAGUCCCUGAGCUGUGACACAAGACCAGAAGCACGAGAUGUAACUACUGGGGAUGACAACCUAGACACGCUGUUGAUAACACACCUGAGGCUGUGCAAAGGUCUCCUGCAGAAACUGAGGACACCAAACGUAGCCCAGGUGGUCCAGGACAGCAUUUUGGAAGAAGUGUCAGAGCAGACACGAGUCCUGGGGGAUGUCCUGGAUCUGUCUGUUGAGAAAAUUAUUCAGAAGACUAAAAAGAAGAAGCAGUAUCUGAAAAUCUGGAGUGAUCUUGCAGAGCCUGGCAGCAGCAUCUUGGUGACCUCAGCAGAAAGGUUCCGUCAUGCUCUGAAAUACACAAUGAUGCUCAAAGUGAAGGAGAAGUACCCCAGCCACCUGGAGACAGUGCUGCAGAGGCUGCUGGAGCAGAUCCUCACCUGUGAUGGGUUGCUCCCCUCCUCACAUUUCCAAACGGAACCGGUUACUUUAUUCCAGUUUUAUCGUUACCUGGAGAGACACCGCAUUGGCAGCCUGGAGAAACACCUGGCAAAACUUGCUAAAGAAGCGAUGCUGAUCGAGGAGCUGCAGUGCCCCGGCAGGCUGAAAACGCUGAAGAGGCUGAAGGGGAAGAGGCUGAGCCGGCUGCAGCCGCUGCCACGGACACUGCAGCUGCUCGGGCUGCUGCAGCUGGACCAGAACCACCGAGUGAGCAAAGCGGCCACCGCCUGCCUGGCCCGGGCCAGCGGCAGCAGCAGCCUCCGAGCAAGGGCUGUCUUGUUUUACACUGAUGUUUUAUCCGACUGCGACACGAGGCUUCAGCAGGCUGCGUGUCUGGCUCUGAAGAACCUCAGGGCUGUGGAGAGCAUCGAGCAGGUUGCCCACCUGUGCCAGUCUGAAACAGAGGAAGUCAGGAAUGCAGCCAGAGAAACCACACUGUCCUUUGGGGAACGGGGCCGACAAGCCUUCGAGAAGAUGGACAGGAUCUGCUGUGAACUGAGAGAAACAGCUCAGGAGGCUGAGAUUGAAAUCACAGUGUUUUAGCAGUGGAAUGUGAGGAGCUGGAUCCCCUUGUCCUCACAGCCACACGGGUACCUGAGGGUUUGGUUUUGUCUGGUUUCCUUCACUGCCUCCUGCCCCAGGACAGGUUUAUUUCCAAAGGGUUUGUGCUCUCCAUGAUUUUCUCAGUCUAACGCAUGAGAUACCAAGUGCUGGACAAAUGAAAACUGGGAUCUCUCAGAAUGAGGAUCCACAUCUUAAGUGGAGUUAAAAUCUCCAUCUUGCUGGAAUUAGCUGUCACUGCCCCAAUUCUGUCCAAUAUGAUCUAUUUUCCCAGGAAGCAAUUUCUCUCCCACGCCACCACCUGCCCUGUCAGUAGAACAAAUCCAGCACCAUUGCUGGGUGGUUUCCUUUGCUUGGACAGUUUAGCUGCAGAAGGAAUACCUGGUACUCCCUAAGUCAUUUUCUUAGUAAUUGUUGCAGGCCAGGCCAGGUGCAGCAGGGCCUGACAGGCUCUGGAGGAGGUGUGUGCUCAGCAGCAGGGCUGCAGGGCUUUGCCAUGUGCAGGUCUGACUGACAGAGGGACACGUUUGGGUUUUUUAAAUGCUGAAUUUAGUCAUAGACCAAGACUUCUCCUCCAGCCUUGGUGGGGCUCGUCCCCCAGCCCUGGCUGGCAGGGUGCCAUGGGGAGCAGCCUGGCUUCAGGUGCAAUACUUGAAAGGGUUGGGCUUGUGUGUACAUAUUUAUAUAUAUAUAUACACAUAAAACUUUUCUAUUUGGUAUUUAUUUGUUGGAUUUCAUACUGUUUUCUAAAGUUCUAAUAAACCUUUUGAGACAAGCU